CCCGUUUUCUGCCGCGUGCGGCCAGAAGGGGAGAGAGAGGGAGAGACAGAGAGAGAGAGAGAGCUAGAGAGUGAGCGAGAGAGAGAUUUGCCUAGCAGCAAAAGAGGGAGGAAGAAACAAGAGGCUCAUAGCGACACACAUAGAGAAAGGCAGAAAGUGACAGCACAGACGGCGUGCCUCUUUUUUCACACAUCAGACAGAGAGAGAGAGAGCAAAAGAGAGAGAGGUAGAUCAGGCUCAGCCACAGCUUCCUGCAGCAGCAUUUACAGCAACAGAGCAGCUAUAUCGUUGUGUCGAGGGAAGACGAUGGUGUCUGUAGCAGCAGCUUUAUGAAUCGAGUCUCUUCUCCCUGCUCCUCGAAAAGAGAUACAGAAACGAUCGACUUUUAACUGAGUUUAUUGACCGAUAAGGAGGCUCUCCAGGUUUCAGAACAUCUCUGCAUGACUCUCUCGGAGCUCAGAAUGACGACUGCAAUGGACACAAAUAACAAUAACAACAACAACAACAAUAACAACACAGGAGGAGUGAUCUCCUACGUGGGCCCAUGUGGGGGAACCAGUCCGGUGUCCAUGUGCAGUGAAAACUCCAAUUCCCAGCCAUGCUUCACCUCGUCCUCCCCUCAUUCCUUCUUCAGCAGCAGCAGCAGCUCCAGUUCGGGCUCGGCGGGGGAAGACGGCUCCUCCUCCUCUUCCUCGUCAUCCUCAUCAGGGGCAUCCCCCCGUCGCCGUGACGAUGGCAGCUCCCUGAGGGCGUCGCCCAGCAAGUCUGUGGCCAGCCUCACCAAACUGAACGGCAUGGUGUUGCUGUGUAAGGUCUGCGGCGACGUGGCCUCAGGUUUCCACUACGGUGUGCACGCCUGCGAAGGCUGCAAGGGGUUUUUCCGCCGCAGCAUCCAGCAGAACAUCCAGUAUAAGAAGUGUCUGAAGAACGACAGCUGCACCAUCAUGAGGAUCAACAGGAACCGAUGUCAGCAGUGUCGCUUUAAGAAGUGCCUGUCUGUCGGCAUGAGCAGAGAUGCGGUGCGUUUUGGUCGUAUCCCUAAGCGGGAGAAGCAGAGGAUGCUGGCUGAGAUGCAAAGCGCCAUGAACAACAUGGUCAACAACCAGCUGCAGAAUGACUUCCAGCUAGCGAGCCUUUCCUCCUCCGGCUCCUCUUCCUCCUCCUGUUCCUCCUCCUCCUCCUCCUCAUCUCCGUGCCCGGGGGUAACCAUCGCUCCUCAGCCACAGCCCCCGGCCCUCCCUCUCACCCCUUCAUCUCCUUCUCCGCCCGCACCGGCCUCCUCUCCACUGCCUCCUACCAUGCUGUGCGUGCCUCCUCCCUCUCAGAGCCCCUCCCCCAUUAUGUUGGCCUCCCCCGUCUCUCCCCCCCUCUGCCCCCCAAGCCCCGGGGUGGACUCCACCAUCACUGCCAUUGCCCGGGCUCAUCGCGAGACCUUCCUGUACGCCCACGACAAGCUGACUGUUCCCCACGCACCACAGCAGAACCACCAGUACCACAACGGAGAGUUGGACAACUGGGGGCCCAACCGAUGCCCCAACGGUUACCACGCCGACGGCCACAACACCAUCUUUCACCACAACAACAACCUGACCACUGGGUGCAACGGUUACCUGCAGACUGAAAACGGUCAGAACAUCAUGCGUCAACAGUUUAGCAACGGGAGGCGGAGUCUGCACAACAGUAACGUGUUUGGAGGCGACGGCCUGAUCAGUCACGCCCCCCAGAACUGCCCAAUGAAGACCCGCACAGGCAUAGUGCUGGCAUGUCCCAUGAACAUGUGUCCCCAGGCGGACCCCUCCAAGACUCCCCAGGAGAUCUGGGAGGACUUCUCUCUUUCCUUCACUCCUGCCGUGAGGGAGGUGGUGGAGUUUGCAAAACAUAUCCCAGGAUUCAGCACUCUUUCACAGAAUGACCAGGUCACCCUGCUGAAGGCCGGGACCUUCGAGGUGCUGAUGGUGCGCUUCGCCUCGCUGUUUAACGUGAAGGAGCAGACGGUAACCUUCAUCUCCGGCGCCACCUACGGGCUGGAGGAGCUGCGGGCCAUGGGCAUGGGAGAACUCCUCGGCGCCAUGUUUGAUUUCAGCCACAAGCUGUCCACACUGGAGCUCAGCGCCGAGGAGCUGGGUCUAUUCACCGCCGUGGUUCUGGUGUCAGCAGACCGGUCAGGGAUCGAGAACGUGGCCUCUGUGGAGCAGCUCCAGGAGAGCCUGAUCAGAGCCCUGCGCUCUCUGGUCAGCAAGUCCUCCCUCUCCUCCAGCAACAACCAUCUCCACGGAGAAUCCCCCCGCUUCACCAAGCUGCUCCUCAAGCUGCCCGACCUCCGCACGCUCAACAACAUGCACUCCGAGAAACUGCUCUCCUUCCGCAUCGACGCCUGAGCGUGAGGUUCCUGACCGACGUGCCACGAUGAUGUCAGCAGCAGCAGCAGCGCGCCGCUCUCAUAAAACAUGCCUCCUUACCUUAGCACUGACGCCGGUUCUACAACCAUCACUAUCGCUUC